GGUCUCAAAAGUAGUCACUUCAUAACCCCAACCCCUAUUCAAGCUCUUGCCAUACCACCUUCACUGGCCAGAAGGGAUGUACUCGGAUCAGCUUCCACAGGUUCUGGAAAAACCCUCGCUUUUCUCGUCCCGAUGUUGGAAAGACUAUAUCUUCUCAAAUGGGGUCCGUUGGAUGGUCUAGGUGCCGUCGUCAUCUCCCCUACGAGAGAAUUAGCAGUACAAACUUUCAACCAAUUAAGAGAUGUUGGUAAAUACCAUAAUUUCUCUGCGGGUUUAGUCAUCGGUGGGAAACCUUUAAAAGAGGAGAGAGAUAGAUUGAGUAGGAUGAACAUCUUGAUCGCUACUCCGGGGAGGUUAUUGCAGCAUUUAGAUAGUACAGUGGGGUUCGAAUCAGCCGGUGUCAAGGUGUUAAUCCUCGAUGAAGCUGAUCGUCUUUUGGAUCUCGGAUUCCUACCUGCACUUCGAGCGAUUGUCUCACAUUUCUCCCCUGGAGGUCCGAAUGCCCAAAACGACAGACAAACCCUCUUGUUUUCCGCCACUCAGAGCCAGGACUUGGCAGCUUUGGCCAAGCUGUCUUUACAUGAACCGUUAUACAUCAAUUGCAACAAACCGGGAGAAGAAGGCGUUGUUCCGGCAGGUUUAGAGCAGUAUUACGCUGUAGUCGGCUUGGAGAAGAAAUUGGACGUUUUGUGGGGUUUUGUGAAGAGUCAUUUGAAAAUGAAAGGUGUGGUAUUUGUUACCAGUGGCAAACAGGUUCGAUUCAUAUUCGAAACCUUCCGUCGACUUCACCCCGGUUUACCCGUCUUGCAUCUUCACGGUAAACAAAAACAAGCCACACGGUUGACCAUCUUCCAACGGUUCUCUUCCUCUAAAUCAGCCCUUUUGAUAUGUACAGACGUUGCCGCAAGAGGUCUAGACUUUCCAUCGGUCGAUUGGGUGGUACAAUUGGAUUGUCCGGAAGACGUUGAUACGUAUAUUCAUCGCGUUGGUCGGACAGCACGGUAUCAAAGUCAAGGGAAAGCCCUUUUGUUUUUAUGUCCAAGUGAGGAAGAGGGAAUGUUGCAGAGAUGGAAAGAUAAGGGUUUGGAAGUGAAGAAGAUCAAGAUAAAACAAAGUAAAGUGGGAAGUUUACAUCAACAGAUGCAAAAUUUUGCUUUCAAAGAACCGGAGAUCAAAUAUCUUGGACAGAGGGCCUUCAUCUCAUACAUGCGCUCAGUACAUUUACAAAAAGACAAGACGAUAUUUAAACUCUCCGAACUCCCAGCAGAAGAGUUUGCAGCUAGUAUGGGUCUACCCGGAGCUCCUCAGAUCAAAUUGUUCGAGACCAGCAAGGCCAACAAAUCGAGGGGAGGAGUGAAACAGCCAGAGGUAGAAGUAGACGUUGCAUCAGAAGAAGAUGAAGAUCAUGAGAAUGUCGCGGCACAAUCUAAAGUCAGUGGUCCAUCACUCAAAUCCGUUCGGACGAAAUACGAUCGAAUGUUUGAGAGGAAAAACCAAUCUAUCCUCACUCCCCAUUACAAUUCCCUCAUUCGACAUUCUUCUUCAGCUUCAGAAUCUGAAGAAGAAGUGUUCACAUUGACAAGGAGGGAUCAUGAUUUGCCAGAAUUCGGCGGGUCGACAAGUGGAAAAAGUAGAAAACCUUUGAUAUCUUCAGAAGAUCUAUCAAAGAGAAAGUUGAAAGCCGGCGGGAGUAAAAAAGGUUUAUUGAAAAUUCGUUCUGGACCUGAUAAAGUCAUUUUUGACGAAAGCGGUCACCCGACGACAUUCUACGAAGCUGGUAAAGAGGCAGAAGAUAUCGCCAGGGAUUCGAAAUUAAGAGAAAAGUAUUUGGAUGAAGAGAAGGAAAGAAUGAGAAAAGCCCAUGAGAUUGACAGGGAAGUAGCUAGGGAUAAAAAGAGAGAGAGGAAGAGGAAGAGGAAAGAGAAGGAGAAAGAGGUGAGUAAAGGGUUUUUUUUCCUUUCCUAUCUCCCCCCUCCCCCUCAACCACCCCCUUCCCCUCUUUUUAUUCAGAAAUGGGCAUUCCAGUUCAAGGUUUUUCCUUGA